GGGAGACAAGAUGGCGUCGCUCCGCUGUCGGCGCGAUCCCUGCGGCGUCAUUUGUCUGAUUUUAACUUAUUUCAGCGUGUUUUAUGCGGACUACGUGGUCAUACAGUACGUCCUCAUCCCCGCCUACUCCGACAGCGUGUGGUGCACUCUCCACGGCUCGGUGUUUAACCUGAUCCUGCUGCUGCUCCUCGCCUGUCAUUCCAAAGCCGUCUUCUCCGACCCCGGGAUGGUGCCUCUUCCAGAAACCGCCAUUGACUUCUCAGAUCUGCGCUCUCAGUCGUCUCGGAUGAAUGACCGGGGCUGUGAGGGUUGGACCGUGUGCAGUCGUUGUGAGACGUACAGACCUCCACGAGCUCAUCACUGCAGAGUCUGUCAGAGGUGCAUCCGCCGCAUGGACCACCACUGCCCCUGGAUCAAUAACUGCGUUGGGGAGCUGAAUCAGAAGUAUUUUAUCCAGUUCCUUUUCUACACAGGCAUGGCGAGCCUGUACUCCCUGGUGCUGGUGGUGUCUGCGUGGGUUUGGAGGAUCAGGAGCGAGAGAGAAGGAGACUCAGAGAAGGAGACAGAGGAGUCGCCCAGUAAACACCUGAUCGUGGCUCACUACAUCAUUCUUCUGGUGGAGUCGGUGCUGUUCGGAGUCUUCGUCAUGGUCAUCUUCUACGACCAGCUGGUGUCGAUAAUCACAGACGAGACGCCCAUCGAGCAGAUGAAGAACAGGCUGAUGCUCAAAGACAGAAGCUCCGCCCCUUCGUCCUCGUCGUCGUCGCAGUCGAACAAUCACACGCCUCACACCAGGAAGCCCAAACUCGCCCUGCUGCGAGAGGUCUUUGGCAGAGGUUCUGUUUUGUGCUGGCUGCUCCCGCUCCACACCAGCCCUCCCUCCGUCGGCGGCAUCACGUACUCCGCCCUCCCCGACUACGACGUCUGACCUCUGCCGCCGCCUCCGACCUCCGACCCCUGCGCCCGCGAAACCCCCAACGCACUGACAGGUUUUAUACGAGCGCGCGCGAAUGUGUGAACCAGCGUCUGCACUGCAAAAACACGACCCGGACCCGGACUCAAACGGACUUCACCGGUCCGCGAGGGGAAACGGCUCGGACGCGCUCGCUCACACGUCACGAUUUAUUAUGAUAACGACGAGUAAAAAGGUCAGAAAGUGGAGAAAUAUCGAUACGAGGGACGGGACGAGAGCUCAAAAGGCAAGAUCUCGCGAGACAAAGUCGGCACGAGAUCAUUUUUCUCACAAGUUUAGGGGUUUAACUUUGCAGAGUAACUCGUCUUGAGAAGCUGGAAUUCCAAAAAAACAGCAAAACUAUAAAACGAAAUGAAGCAGAAACUGUGAAGUCAGAAUUUCCGUGUUUUUCGGACUAUAAAUUGUGCCGGAGUUUAAGUCGGACCAGCCAAAAAAUGCAUAAUGAAGAAGAAAAAAACAAAUAUAAAUCGCAGUUUUUUGGGGGGAAAUGUAUUUUAUAAAAUCAGAGACCAGGAGCCGACAUUUCCAGUGUAAAGUCAAGUUCUAGUAAUAGUUUUAGACCUGGUUUAGACCUGGUUUAGAUCUUGGUUAGAUCUUGGUUAGAUCUAGUUAAGAUCUGGCUUUGACUUGGUUUAAUCCAGGUCCUGAUUCUGAUUAUGGUUAGACCUGGUUUAGACCUCAGUUAGACCUAGACCUGGUUUAGGACAGCUUCCAGUUCAGACCUGGUUUAGUCCUGGUUUAGACCUUGGUUAGACCUCAGUUAGACCUGGUUUAGACCUAGUUUAGACCUGGUUUAGACCUGGUUUAGACCUGGUUUAGACCUGGUUUAGACCUGGUUUAGACCUGGUUUAGACCUUGGU